AUGUCUGUAGCUCGGUUACCUACCGAGGACUCUAAUCCUAAGCCGAAGAGGGCUAGAGUAGAGAUCUGUCCAGCAUUGAGUUUCUUGGAUGAGGAUAAAGUUGGAACCAUACAGCCAUACGAUGAUGCUCUGGUGGUCACCCUUAGGAUAGAAGGGUAUGAUGUGAAGAGGGUAUUGGUAGACCAGGGCAAUGGUGUAGAGAUUAUGUACCCUGACUUAUACAAGGGGCUAAAUUUGAGGCCUAAGGACUUGACAGCCUAUGAUUCACCUUUAGUAAGUUUUGAUGGGAAAGUUGUCAUUCACUGGGGUCAGAUUAGACUACCUGUGCAAGUAGAUUCAGAGGUAGUGGAGGUGGAAUUCAUUGUAGUGGAUGCGUAUUCUCCCUACACGGCCAUCGUGGCCAGACAUUGGCUUCAUGCCCUAGGGGCCGUUUUUUCAACUCUGGACUUGAAGGUGAAGUAUCUUUCGGAGAACCAGAUCGAAGAGCUUGUUGGGAGUCAAUCCAUGGCUAGGCAAUGCCUGGUGGCUGUAAUUUUGCAUCAGCUUGAGGUUGAGUCCUCAACCUCUGCUAAGGGGGGCUUAUAG